AUGCCACCAAAAAAGUCAAUGGAGGAAACAGAUCGGUUGACUCGUAUAGCGAUUGUCAAUUCCGAUAAAUGUAAACCAAAACGAUGCAGACAAGAAUGUAAAAGGUCUUGUCCAGUAGUACGUAUGGGAAAACUUUGUAUAGAAGUUAAUCCAAAUAGUAAGAUAGCAUCAAUAUCUGAAGAACUUUGUAUUGGAUGUGGUAUUUGUGUCAAGAAAUGUCCAUUUGAAGCAAUAUCCAUUAUUAAUCUUCCUAGCAAUUUAGAAAAAGAAACAACGCAUCGUUAUUCAAAGAAUUCAUUUAAGCUACAUAGACUGCCUAUUCCACGUCCUGGAGAAGUAUUAGGUUUGGUUGGAACUAAUGGAAUUGGUAAAUCAACUGCUCUUAAAAUUUUGGCAGGCAAACAGAAGCCUAAUUUGGGUCGAUAUACUGAUCCACCAGAUUGGACAGAAAUUUUAAGUCACUUUAGGGGUAGUGAAUUGCAAAAUUAUUUUACCAAAAUAUUGGAAGAUGAUUUAAAAGCUCUCAUUAAGCCCCAAUAUGUAGAUCAAAUCCCUAAAGCUGUAAAAGGCACUGUACAACAGCUGUUAGAUAAAAAGGAUGAGUGCAGAAAUCAAUUAGAUAUUUGUAGAAUGUUGGAUUUAAUGCAUAUACGUGACAGAGGUAUUGAUGCACUUUCUGGUGGAGAACUUCAACGUUUUGCAUGUGCUAUGGUAUGUAUUCAGAAUGGAGACAUUUUUAUGUUUGAUGAACCAUCUUCAUAUUUGGAUGUAAAGCAACGUCUCAAUGCAGCUUUAACGAUUCGAUCUCUUAUUCAUCCUGAUAAGUUUAUAAUAGUAGUGGAACAUGAUUUAUCAGUUUUGGACUAUUUGUCUGAUUUUAUUUGUUGUCUUUAUGGUGUUCCUGGAGCAUAUGGCGUUGUUACUAUGCCCUUUUCCGUUAGAGAAGGUAUAAAUAUUUUUCUGGAUGGCUUCGUGCCAACAGAAAAUCUGCGAUUCCGCGAGGAAUCUCUUGUUUUUAAAGUAGCCGAAAGUGCGACUGAAGAGGAAGUUAAACGUAUGAACCAUUAUGAAUAUCCUGCGAUGACAAAAACAAUGGGAUCCUUUGAAUUAAAUGUUGAAAAGGGUCAGUUCACAGAUUCUGAAAUUCUUGUGCUAUUAGGUGAAAACGGAACAGGGAAAACCACGUUUAUUAGAAUGUUGGCUGGUAAUUUGCCACCCAAUGAAGGGUCGGGAAGUAUUCCUCAAUUACACAUUAGUUACAAACCACAAAAAAUUAGCCCUAAGUCUCAAGGAAUUGUACGACAAUUAUUACAUGAAAAGAUUAGGGAUGCUUAUGUUCAUCCUCAAUUUGUAACAGAUGUUAUGAAACCAUUAAAAAUCGAUGAUAUCAUGGAUCAAGAAGUACAGAAUCUUUCUGGAGGAGAGUUACAACGAGUGGCUUUAGCUUUAUGUCUUGGAAAACCUGCCGAUGUUUAUUUAAUUGAUGAACCUUCUGCUUAUUUAGACUCUGAGCAACGUCUUGUUGCAGCUAAAGUAAUAAAACGAUUUAUACUGCAUGCAAAAAAGACAGGAUUUGUAGUUGAACAUGACUUUAUCAUGGCGACGUAUUUAGCUGAUCGUGUGAUUGUAUUUUCUGGUGUUCCAUCUUUGUCAACUACAGCUCACAGUCCGCAGUCUUUGUUAAAUGGAAUGAAUAGAUUUUUAGAACUUUUAGGUAUUACUUUUAGAAGGGAUCCAAACAAUUUCAGACCGAGGAUUAAUAAGAGUCAGUCUGUCAAAGACUUGGAACAGAAAAAAGCUGGACAAUAUUUUUUCCUCGAAGAAUGAGAUAUGAUCUUAUUCCUAAAUUGAAUAGCAACAUAUAUAAAAUAUGACGAAGUCUUUGUAAAUCUUUAUACUUUUAAAAAUCGGGAAUGGAUUUCUUACAAUAUAUUACUUGCUAG